UACUAUCCCUAUUCCUUACCUCCCCAAAUCGAACUGCACACCACUUUCCCUCGUAUUCUUCCGGAUAUCUCUCUUCCCGCUUUUUCUAUUAUUUUUACCACCUCUUCAGAUCUCAUCUCGCGCCAUCUUCCCAUACGCUGUUCCAUCCCACCGUCUCUGCUCUCCCCAAAUUCAGUUCUUUUAGUGAACCCUUUUCACUUUCCAGAAACCGAAUCAACAAAAAAUCAAGAAUCGGCAAAAGUUUUGUGCUUCAGGAAAAAGGAACUGCAUAUAGCGGAUCAUGCAGCAGGAACAGCCUUUACAGCGGCAGCAGCUGCAAUUCGCGGAGGUAAAACCGGCGUUUGAGGACUACCACCGGUUCCUAGCUGACCCGCGACUAAAACCUCCCCAGGUUCCUGAAGGCAUCGUCGUAAGGACUCCGCCAUUGAAGAGAAAGAAUGAGAGAGGCAAGUAUACUCAGGUUUUCAGUCAGCCAAACCAAGCUUCUGGAUUUCCUGAUGCCUACAGUCCCUUGCAAACACCUGUUUCAGGAAAGGCUGGAAAGGUUCAGAAAAUAUCAAAGACAUCAAAAGCCAACAGAUCUCUGUCUAUAACUGCUGGGAGCAUUGGAUCCCCUUUCAGUAACAAUACAACUCCAGUUGCUCCUUGUCGGUAUGAUAGCUCCCUAGGCGUCUUAACGAAGAGGUUUAUUCAUCUGAUUAAGCAUUCUCAAGAUGGCAUUCUUGAUCUGAAUAAUGCUGCUGAUACACUAGAGGUGCAAAAAAGGCGUAUCUACGAUAUAACAAAUGUUCUGGAAGGCAUUGGCCUAAUAGAAAAGAAGUUAAAGAACAUGAUCCAAUGGAAGGGUUUGGAUGUCUCAAGAACAGAAGAUGAUGAAAGUGGUUGGAAUGUAAAGGCUGAAGUGGAUAACUUGGCCUUGGAUGAGCGUAGAAUAGAUGAACAGAUCAGAGAAAUGCAACAAAGAAUUGGAGAUCUGAUGGAAGAUGAAAAAAAUCAAAGGUUGCUUUUUAUCAGAGAAGAAGAUAUUAAGAGCAUACCUAGUUUUCAGCAUGAAACACUCAUAGCAGUUAAAGCUCCACAUGGAACCACAGUAGAAGUUCCAGAUCCCAAUGAGGCUGUUGAUCAUCCUCAAAGGAGGUACAGAGCAGUUCUACGCAGCACCAUGGGACCCAUAGAUGUUUACCUUAUUAGUAAAUUUGAUGAAAAGUUUGAGGUGAUUCAUGAAGUUGUAGCACCACCACCUAGCCACCCUUCAACACCACCCAGCACAAGUGAGAGUGGAGCUUUAGAAACUAAGAAGAGAAGAGGAAAUGAGGCAGGUGGGCUCAAAACAGUAGAAAGAAUGUUCUCAGAUGUUGAUGCAACCUUGCCAGAGGACUCUGGAAGUGGAAUUGUCAAAAUUGUUCCUCAUGUUGACAAUGAAACAGAUUACUGGUUAUUGUCGGAUGCUGAUGUUAAUAUCACUGAUAUCUGGGGAGCAGACUCUGGGGUUGACUGGAGUGAGCUGAUAACAACUCCCGAGGAUUACGCCACAAACAAUGACAGUACUGCCCCAAGCCGAACUUCAUCUCCCACUUUUCUCAAAACCGCAUCUUGCAACUAAUACUACGGGGAGAUAAAUAUUAUCUGUUAGUGCCCCAUGUUUUGGUUUUGUACAGUGUAUAUAUGUCUACUACCUUGUAAGUUGCAACAUGAGCAGUUUCUCUCGUGCCUUUAAGCACAAGUUGGUGAUGAGCAGCACAUUGUUAGACAUAAACAGUUGGAUUAUGCUUCUACCAAUUAUAUGCUUCUAGUAAAUUUAGUUGUUUUGAAUUGAUUGAGAAUGAAUAGGCGUAGUCUAUUCAUGAUAAGUUAUUAGUAAUCAUUGAUGUUAGGGUGAAUAAUUUACUAGACUUAUAGCAAGGCAGCACAGGCCUAGUGAACACACCAUUCACAAAUAUCUGCCCCAUUGAAGACUUGAAGUGUUGAACGCUUCUUUAUUGCAUCCAAGUGUUUUUUCUGUCGUAGUUUAUAUUUUCCCUGCCAUUUGGUUAUGGUAGAGACACAGCGGGAUACAAGUUUGGCCCUAAUGAUACUUUUCAUACAGACUAUGAGUACCAGGAAAGGGAUCCAGAUCAAUCAGUUCUACUUGAAGGUGUUAUUAUAUUGUUUCCGUAUUAUAUGUUUCCGUAAUGAAUUGAAUUCCUAGUAUAUAAACGCUGUUAUUCUUUAUCUUGUUAGACAUUUUGAACAUACUUUCAUAACCGUGAAAAGAAGAGUGAAUAAUGGCUCUAGUCUGUAACAAGUGUGAAACCAAGAGUGAAUAAUGGCUUCAGUAUUUAGCAAGUGUGAAUCCAAAUGGAUUUAUUUUUUGUCCCAUAACUCCAUAUGGAGAUCACAAUAUGAUGUGGUUGUAAAACUUUUAUUAAAUUGAGAUCUACUAGUGAUUGAGCACCAUUUAGAGUUUUAGUACUGACCAGUCCAUAAUUGGC